AUGUCAGAGCCAGCAGCAAAUUCACAAUAUGACACCCAUUUGAGCCCACAACAACAACAACAACAAAAGCACAAGUACUUGUCAAGCAGUGACUCCGAAGCCUCACCCCCAACACGAAAUAUGGUCAAAAAAGUUAACAAAGGCUUCUCUUUAUUUAGUAGAAAAUUGCAAACCGAAAGAAGGAAAAUUGCAUUAAAGUAUUUCUUGAACUAUUUAAUCAUGGGAGUUGGUGUUCUAGCAAUAUUCUCGAUCUACUGGGGCUCCUUUUAUGGAAUAAAUGGCAGGAUAAAAAAUUUGAAAAUGUUAGUGGUAAUAGAAGAUGACUCCAUAAUAAAUGGACUAAACCCUGUCUUCGGUGACAAUUUGAAAGAAAUUCUACAGACCCCUGAAGCAAAGACCAAGGGCAAUUGGAAAAUAUACAACUCAACCGAAUUUGCUCAGAUAGCGUCAAAAUCCAACCGGACUGCGGAACAAGAAAUUAUGCACCAAAUUCAUCAUCAAAAGUAUUGGGCAUCACUCCAUGUGAUGCCAAACGCCUCCUACAACUAUUUCAAUGCCAUGUCACAGGGAGAUGCCAAUUAUGAUCCUGUUAAAAACACAGUCCAUUCGAUUUAUGAAACAGGAAGGGAUUUCAAUGGAAUGACUCAAUUCGUCAUCCCUUCCAUCAAUGGCGUGGAAAACAUAUGGCUAAGCAGACAACCCAACAUGACUUUCGAUAUAGUUCGCAAUGUCACUAUCGAUUCCGCCGUAAAACUGAAACUACUUGCCCAGCCAAUUAGAUUUGAAAUUGUCGAUCCAGUACCAUGGAACGACCCUAUUCUAAUUGGACCUUUUCAUGAUCUUCAAAUCUAUAUGACUAUUUUGACCUUAUUGCAAUUUGAGUUUUUCAGUCCAAUUCACAAGGAAGUGUCUAAAUUGGGAUUAAAGAGGGGUCAUUACAUGAUUUAUCGCUUCACAGCAUCUAUAUUGUCGUUUUUCAUAUUGAGUUUAUUUUGCUGCUUGGUGACAUUGGCUUUCCAAGUUGAUCUCACGGUUACAUAUGGGAGAGCUGGGUUUGUGGUUUAUUGGAUGAUUGCUUUCAUGACAAUGUGGGCUCUUGGCUCUGUAAAUGAAAUUGUCGCGAUGUUGCUUAUUACAUUUUACCCUCCACUAGUUCAAUUCUGGUUGCUAUUUUGGAUAAUUUGCAAUAUCACCCCCACAUUCACGCCAAUGGCCGUAAUUCCAAAGUUCUUCAGAUAUGGGUAUGCAUUGCCCAUCCAUAAUUCCUAUGAAGCCACUAAAACAGUAUUCUUCAGGACAUAUAAGGCACAAUUGGGAAGAAACUUUGGCAUAUUAGCAGCUUGGUUUGCUGUUUUAAGCAUAAUCUUCCCCAUCAUUGUCUAUUAUUUUAUAACAACCACGAACAAGACCUUUGAGCAACAAGUUUGUGCUGUAGUUCAUGAGAGGAACCAACUUGAAACUGAGGACUAUCAGGAAUAUGACCGAAAUGAGAAAAGGACAAACAAUUACUAA